UAAUCCUUUUAUAUCAGAGAAGUGCAAUACUGCUUUGAAUUAUCGAUGGACUAAUUAAGCAUCAGCUCAUGAUAUUCAUAUUUUAUGGACAACUUUGGAGUUACAAACAGCAUUCUAAUAAUUUCCUCCAAGUUGUACUGACACACCAUUAUAUGCCAUGUGAACAAUUCAUCAUCAAAAACACCAAGAUAAGCAGUUUUGUGGUUAAAUUUAAGAUUUUGAGAAAUAUCCAUAAAACCAAUUUAGGGUACAUUCUGCAAUUCACUUUCACUUCACUUUUACAAGAAAAACUUGUCUGACAGUGGGAAUGAUGGCUUAGAGCUUCAUAACAGUGCUGAAUAACCACAUGUUAUUUGUUCUGCCAGCUGUAAUACUGAGCAUAUUCAUCCUGCCUACACCAACUGCCACUGGAUGUUCCUACUCUAUAUGAGGUAUUAAAAAAUGCUGACCCUUGUACUGGUCGAGUCUAAACCUUAUCAAUUAAUUAUGUCUAAUAAAUGUUCUUGAAUGGUUCUGCUAAUCUUCUUUGUGAAGGUCUGCUUGUCCACAUUGAGCUCCUGGGGGGGAAAAGCUGCUGGACUUUUGAGAGAACAAAAUGUUCUGUGGAACUCCACUAUAUAAAGGCAGAACUUCUUCUUGAUCCUGAGACUUAUAGCAGCAGCAGCCUUCAGUGGCACAACAGCAAGAUGUUGAACAUCAGCAACCUGCCUCUGCAGCUCCUGCCCUCCAGGCACUCAGACCGUCUACUGCAGCCAUUCUGGGAUUAUUUGCUUUUUCACCACCUUCCUCUCAUCUCAUCUCCCUUUUUCCCAGUCCUACUUGCUUUCUCCAGCUAUUUUUUCUUCAGUAUACCUUUUGCAGCACUGGACCUUUUGGGAGAAAGAGUGCCUUUAUUUUAUCAGUACAAGAUCCAACCAGACAGGCAGCCAACAUUGGGGAUGAUGGCUAAGAGCUUCAUGACAGCGCUGUAUAACCACAUAUUCUUUGUUCUCCCAGCUGUAAUAAUGAGCGUAUUCAUCCUGCCUACACCAACACUGCCACAGGAUGCUCCUACUCUAUAUGAGGUAUUCACUGGCAGUCUGGCUGUGCUUCUCCUCUUUGACACUCAGUACUAUAUUUGGCAUUUCAUACAUCACAAGCACCCACAGCUUUACCGGUGGAUCCAUGCAAUCCACCAUCAAUACAUGGCACCUUUCUCUUGGUUUGCCGAGAACUUAAGUGUCCUAGAGUUGAUGACUGUUGGAUUCUUGAGCAACCAGGACCCAGUUCAUUUAAAGUGCCACCCACUGACUUCUUGGUGCAUCACAAUUGUUAGUAUCUGGAUGUCUGUGGAGGACCACAUAGGCUAUGACCUUCCAUGGACCCUAAACCACCUGGUGCCUUUUGGUCUGCUAGGCGGUGCACCGGCUCAUGACAUGCACCACCAGAAGCCAAACAGCAACUACGCUCCUUUCUUCAGCCACUGGGACAAAAUCUUUGGAACUGCCGUUCCUCUGGAGAAAAAGACUAUGAGAAAAUAAUAACAAGUGUCACAAUUAUUUGUCUUUCCUUUUGUGAAAUGCAUUAUUUUGUCUUUGUGAGGCUGCUUUCUCAAUGGACUCACUUUCUGUACUACAAUAGUUUUAGUAUUUUUUAGGUAUUUUCAUUCAAUAAAACCAUCUUGUUUACAAACAUUCUCUCAUUAUUGUUUCUAUUGGUGUUAUACAGAAUAAGUUAUAAAUAUUGACACAAUCAAUACAUUAUUCUCCAUGCAUGUCAUGUGUGCAUAAUCACACUUCAUUCAUGUCAUUCGAGUGAAGUAAUUACCGUAACAACUUCCUGUGCUUCUUUUCCUCACAAUCUUGUUAUAUAACACAAACUCGGGCAUUACUCAGCAGUA